AUGAAGAUAUACUACAUCGGUGUUUUGAGAAACACAACCGAAAAAGCGCUUGAGCUCACGUCCGUGAAGGAUUUAUCACAGUUUGGAUUCUUUGAAAGAAGCGGAGUGGCCCAGUUCAUGACAUUCUUCUCCGAAACCGUGGCUGCUAGAACCUCCGCUUGUCAGAGGCAAAGUAUUGAAGAGGGCAACUACAUUGGACACGUCUAUAGCAGAUCAGAAGGCUGCUGCGGUGUGCUUAUUACAGACAAAGAGUACCCUGUCAGACCGGCUUACACAUUGCUCAACAAGAUUUUGGACGAGUAUCUAAUCGCACAUCCACCUGUGGAGUGGAAGGACGCCACUGAGACCAACGACCGUUUGGCCCUAAAAGAAUUAGACAUAUACAUUGCAAAAUACCAGGAUCCUUCGCAAGCAGAUUCCAUCAUGCGAGUGCAGCAGGAACUGGAUGAAACCAAGAUUGUAUUACACAAAACAAUCGAGUCCGUCUUGCAAAGAGGUGAAAAGUUGGACAAUCUCGUCGACAAAUCCGAGAGUUUGUCUGCCAGCUCGCGCAUGUUUUACAAGCAAGCCAAAAAAACGAACUCGUGCUGUUUAAUUAUGUAA